AGUAGUCUCAAGGUCAUAAUGUCGCAGCCUUUUGCUCCUCUGCCGUACAGAACAGAUCAUCGUAAGAGAUGUCUUGCUACAUUAUCACUCAUUUGUGAUGAUGAAUCUUUAUCAGAUGCACAAUUAAAGGCUUAUCAAACACGCCUGCAAGAAUACCGUACAUUUUUGGAUGCAGUCAGUCGCCUUGCGCUUUGUAGCAAUGUAUGUGUGACGGAAGAGGCUGUCACAAUAGGAGAGCAUGGUUUACUAACUGGGGAGUCCUUAAACGCACUUCAACAUGCCGGGGCGAUAUCUGUGUAUAAUACGCUGCAACAAAAUAAUUGGGAAUUUCCUAUUUCUGAAGGUAGAAUUCUAUGUUACAUUAAUUUUCAUGUUUCAGAGGGUGAAGUAGCCAUAGUUAAGGCUCAUGUACCUAUUCCUGAUGAGUUUUUAGAUUCGGAGAAACCUAUUCGUUCUGACUGGCCCGCAGUCCAUAUUUCAGAAUGCUUUGUUGAAGGUGAACGAGCAAAACUCCACGGUUCCGUUCGGCCACUACGAACUUUCUUACCACCCACUAUUGUUUUUCGUAAUGCUGCAGAUGUAGAUGAAGAUGCUCCAGAACCAGAAGUCAAUAUCAUAAAUUCUGGUCCAGAAGGAAGCAUUGAAAUAGUUCAGUCAUUUAAGGGUUUAUCAGUUAAAAAGCCGUGUAAAGAUGGUAAAGGAGGUGAGUAAGACUGAUGAUCUCAAUAAUUUGUUCUUAGAAAUCCAUUGUUGGCUCCAAAUUGUGUACUUAUCAUUCUUAACAAUUUUCAAAACAAUUUCCUUGUGCAAAUUCUUAAAAUCACAAAACAAACUAAAUUCUACACCUUAUGUAUAUUUAAUAUACAUUUAUUUGUUUUGAUUUACCGGCAGGUCAGUGCUCCUCUACGUAGUUUUAUCAAGUCAGUAAACGUAAUUUCUGGUAAAAAUAACAUCAAAUAGGAUUCUUCGUAAGAUUAUUGCUAAUUAUGAAGGAUUGCAGGAUAUGUCAUAAUUCGGCCUGAAGGCUUUCUGUUCUACGGAAUUCAAGAUGGCAUUCAACAACCUCCGUAAUACAAUAUCUAUGACUUUAAAACACAGGAAAAUCAUAAACUCAUGGUAAAACUAACUAGUUAGCUAAUAGUAAAGGUCAGUGUGGUUGAGUUAAAAGUUACCAAGGGCUUCCUUGUUUAUUAUAACCAUCAUUUAUUAGGGAAAGUAAACGGAAAACUGUCUUAGAAGUUUGUGGUCUUCAUCUAGAUACAUCUUAAACACCCCUAAAAUCUGAUACGUAGUAAGAAACAUACUGAUUAAGUUUUUACUACCCUGUCAAUAAUUUCUGGGUUCUCUAUAUUGGAAAUCCUUAGGAUAUCUGUCUAUGGUUCUCAAUAGUGCCAAUUUAUGUCUUUUUUCAAAAUACAAGUUUCAGCAAACACGCGACCAUAUUGUAUGAGUCUUCUGUUGUUAACUUUCAAUCGCACCAUGACGUAACUUCAUCUGCUCAGUAGCCAUAUUAAAAACAUUCGCUUAAUUCCGUUAACAUUGAACUCAAUAAGAUAACUAUCCUACGGUUAUUUCAUAGAACUAUUUUAUUCCUAACUUAGCUCAUCUGGAGUUCGUAAGCCUCACAAUAUUGUUUAUUACCUAUUUUAUUAUUGAAUCCUAUUUAAAAUCAAAAUUUAGUUAAGUACAUUCCAAUCGACGAGUAUUAUUUUGGGCGCCAAGAUGGAAAUUCCGAUUAUGUGGAGGAAAAAGGUGAUUUCAGAUUCAAAUGUGCGGUUUGUCAACGAAUUUUCUACUCAAAUACAAAACUAAUGUCUCAUAUUCUUGGUCAUGUUGAUGAGGCUUCACAAGCUUGCCUAGACACCGCAGAUACUACACAAUGUUCCGUUUGUAAUCAAAUGUUCUCUUGUGCUUUUGAUCUAAGAGAUCACAUUGAAAAAGAGCAUACUGUUCCACCUUCUGAUCCCAAUUCGGUAGGUGAUGAAGCAAAAACGAACCCCCUUGUUCAAAUCACCUCCCAGCUAUUAACUCAACAACGAAUAGAUGGUCAUGAUGAUCCUGUUAGUAAUUUUGACCAUAUGGAAAUCUUAGCACCCAACUUUAAUGGUAUCACAACUACACCCAGUUGCCGCAUUUGCGGGAAAGUUGCUGCCAGCAAAUUACUAUUAGCUCAUCACCUUCAGUCCACUCAUCGUCAAUGUGAAAUGCCUUAUGUUUGUCGCCUAUGUUUGUUUCGAUCAUCUAUGUAUGAAGACAUACUGGAUCAUUUCAAAAAGAUGCAUGAUAGCUCAAACCACUUACUUUGUACCUAUUGUCUUCGUAUAUUUACCCCUUCGGAUGCGCGUUCGAACACUCAACCAGUUUGUCUGUCAGCUUCUGGUGGGAUAAGUACUGUAGGCCUAGGUUUAGGUGUUGGUCAGACGCAAGUUUAUCUUCAACAUUUACGUCUGCAUCAAAUCAAACAUCAGCUUCGUCGAUGUCCAACAUGCCGUUUAAAUUUCACUAAUAAAUCAGACUACCAAGUACAUCGACGCCUAGAUCAUAAAGCUACAAGAGACCUAGGUACUGAGAAACCAGAUCUUCGUCAAGAUUCAUAUGAGCUAGAAUGUUAUCAAUCAAAACAGCACACGACCCAGGCUGCUGAGAACUUCAGCGACCACAACACAUCCAUAGAUUCGAUUCGUAUAGUUCGACCACAUGUAACAUCAAUGAAUGCUCCGGAGGCUGGUUGUGCUAAAAAUUUAGCUAUAAACUUCUUGCCUGAGAAUAUUGAGGAUUUGGAAUGUCUGGAAUGUGGAAAACGUAUGGGUGAUUCUGAACAUGCGCAAUAUUUACCGUGUUCCGUGUGCAGAUUUGCAACAUGCUGUAGGAUUGGCUUUCAGCGUCAUUUUCAAAAACUUCAUGUCUAUUCGAACGCUUCUCAAUCAACAGAUCUUGAUUGUGGCAUGCCAAUGGUUCGUCAGAUCUUUUUCGACUGGUGCAAUGAGUACGAUCUUCCAUGUAACGAUAAUGUGUCAUCAGAGUUAGCGACUGUUUCAGGUGAUCGACAAAAUCUUGUCGUAAAUGAGAUUACAGAUUUGACACCUAGUGACAUGGCGAAUUUUGCAACAAUUGUCUUUACUGAUGAAAUGGGCCAUGUUGUAAAUGUACCAGAAACUGAGAAGCAAAGUUUAACGAAGCAGCCUAACCCGAAUGAUUCUAUUAGAAGAUAUAUGGAAAGCCAAAUCGACUCACGACUUUUUUACUGUUCACACUGCGGAACAAAUAACCUAGAUGGCAAUAGUCUUGCAAGACACCUUGUUGAAGAAUGUGGAACGCUAACUGCAACGCUGCAUCCAGACAUGUCAAUAUCAUUUGCACAAACAGAAGCUAGACAAAGUGAAGCUUCUGAAAAACAUGAAGAGUCCAAUCGAAAUGGAAGUGAUAACCCAUAUGGAACUACAGAUCAGAAGAUUAUCAUGAUAAGUGAUCCUUCCUUAUUGUCUACAUCGACUACCAAUAUUUCCGAUAAUGAUGUGGUUAUGAUGACUGUUGAUACAGACCAGCCACAAUCCAUGAGACUUGUUGAAUCACAAGAAGAUCAAACAGCUAUGCUCAGCGGAACUCAGAUUACAACUCAAAGUGAUGGAACAACUACCAUUGAUGUAACUGAUGAAGGUGGAGAAGUAGUACAACAAUUUAUACUUCCUGAUGAUCUUCAACUUGAAGAAGGUCAAACAUUAGUGAUGAUUCAAGGUGAAAAUGGUCAACCUCAACUAGCAAUUGUAAAUCAAGCUGGUAAAUUUACAUUAUUUAAAAAAAAAAUUUUUUUUUUUUACUUUCUAAAUUUCUAGACUUAAUAAACGAUAAUAAUUCAGAGAUAUUGGUACAAACUGAUAAUGGUGAAACUAAUAAUAUCCUAAUUUACACUAAUGUAAGUAAUUCUUUUUAUAAUUUCACUAUGAAUUCUUCACUUUUCUAUAAUAGGGCUUAGAAACUCAAAUAGAAAGUUCAGAAUUAAACAGAG